ACAAGUGAAGUUUAAAAACUAGCUGCAGUCCAAAGCCUGUCUGUUGCAGAACUAGCCUCAGCACUUCAAAGAACAAUGUAUUCAGCAUCUUUUGUUAAAGAAACAUCACAGCAUUAUUCUCCUCGAAAUGUGGGCAGCAGUCCCGCAUCACCGGGAACACCUCAGGUGGUGAAGCAUAUGUUUCCCUUGGAGCUCUCCAACACGGGUAGUAGAAGUGUUCUCCAGGAGGGCCCCUAUGGAUCCACUGUUGUGGAACUUGGUGCGGGCAGUGAGAAAGUGACCAUGCAGAACCUGAACGAUCGUCUGGCCUCAUAUCUAGAGAAGGUGAGGACCCUGGAACAGGCAAACAGCAAGCUGGAGCUGCAGAUCAGUGAGGUUCUGGAGAAGAGAGGACCUGAACUGCACGACUACAGCCGAUACGAGGCCAUCGUCACCCAGCUGCACAAAGAGAUUCGAGAGACGACCUUGAGCAAUGCACAGGUGGCCCUGCAGAUGGACAAUAGUGCUCUGUCUAUUGAUGACUUCAAGGCUAAGUUUGAACACGAGCUUCAGAUUCGACAGAGUGUUGAAUCAGACAUCCGUGACCUGAGAAAGCUUUUGGGUGACACUAAUGUGCAGCAACUGCACCUGGAGAAUGAUGUCGAGACACUGACUGAACAGCUCAUCUCUCUAAAGAAAAACCAUCAACAGGAAGUGACAGAAAUACAUAAUCAGAUUGCCCAGUCAGGAGUGCAGGUGGACGUUGAUGCUCCUAAAGGACAGGACCUGGCUCGGAUCAUGGAGGAGAUGAGAGCAAAGUAUGAGAAGAUGGCCCUGAAGAACCAGGAGGAGCUGAAAGCCUGGCAUGAAUCAAAGAUCAUAGAAGUAGAAGUACAGGUGACGGAGAACACGGCUGCACUGAAGGAGGCUCAAAACCAAGUGCAGGAGAAGCGCAGAGAGAUGCAGUCUCUGGAGAUUGAGCUUCAGACUCAGGCCGGACUGAAAGCCUCUCUGCUGGGAUCUCUUGAGGAAGCUCAGCUGCGCUGCAACAUGCAGGUGGAGCAGUACAAUGCCAUUAUCCUCCAGCUGGAGGCUGAGCUGACAGAGCUGCGCAGUAACAUCCAGAAGCACAGGCAGGAUUAUUCAAUUCUGCUUAAUCUCAAAGGAGAGCUGGAGGCUGAGAUUGAAACCUACAGAAGACAUUUAGACGGUCAAUAAUAACUUGUAAGCGGGAAGGUGGUCCACUAGCACAGAAGCAGGACAUUUGAACACAAAACAACUCUCUCUCAUUUCUCUAUUGCUUCCAACAUGUGAACACAUUGGAUAGAUACUGAUCGCUGUUCAUCACAAGACACCACUUUAAGUGUCUCAGACAGGAUCUGGCACUGCGGUCAAUGUUUCUUUAAUAAAUAUAUAGCUGCAUAUGGGUCAUUCUUAAUUUGGAGUGGGAAACCAUGUCACAGUCUUCUUCUUCUGCAGGACCAGCUCCUAAAACAUUAUAAUAAUUCACUAUUGAUUUUUAUCUCAGCAGUUAAAUUUCUGUGUUUAUUGUCCAACAAUUGAAUCAUUUUUUGUUAAUAGUUCAUGGAGGUCUGUUAAAAUAUAUUAAAGCAUAUUUUUUAGUGCAUGUGUAUAAAAAAGCUUUGGUGACGUGAUUAUUCUCAUUGAAUUUCUUCAAUAAAUACAGUCAAGUUAAGUUUAUAUGGAAAAUAAAUUUAUAACAAUAAGAACGCCUCAUUAAGGAGUAACACCCGUGACAAAUUGACAAAAACGUUGCAUUUUACAUUAAAAUGUAUUUAAAUACGUUUGGAAUUAAGCUCUCCAGUUUGUAUUUAUGUAUAACAGGCAAUAUUAAUGGACGUGUUAAGGUUAUUUUGGUUCUGAUGUUAAAGAAAUUGAUUAAAAAUAUUUUCACUUAAAUUCCCACUCCAAAUGGAGAAUGACCCAUCAUCGCUGUCAGAACAAACAAACGUUGUAUCUUUUUUUUUCUACAGAAUUUUAAAAUGCAAGCUAUUUUUUACAAUCUGGUAGGAUUUAAUGAUGAACAAUAGAAAUGCUCCAAAAAGAGUUUCAGAAUUCAAAGUUAAGAAAGUUUGAUCUGUGUCUUGUAAAGUUAUCAUUUUAGAGAUAUGAGGUUUUGUCAAGACAGCAACAAUAUAAUUGAGCCAGAUAUAUUGAUUUACUUGCUGGUUCAGUAGUGUUUUGAUGUUAGUCAUAAAGAAAAGGACAAUAAAUGUUUAACAGUAUCACAUUCUUUUAUUUUUCCAAAUUUGAAAGAUUGCAAAAAUAAUUAAAGAGACCAUAUUUCUGUCU